AUGGAGAGCUCGACGAGCUAUCCACUUGCGCUAGGUGCGCUGUUCGCCCUCUUCAGUCCCUCCAUUGCCACGUACAUUCCAUCGUCUGUAUUCCUCUCCCCGCAAAACGAUUCCCUCGCGUAUAUCCUCCGACCCAGCUCCACUGGCGAAACCGAAUUACUGUCCUUGAACCUGUCCACCAGUAUCAAUGCAGACGACCUGUCCUAUCAUACUCUGCUGAGCAGUGUGCCAUUCCACGAUACAGUGCAGAACGCAACAUUUGUCCCCGCCGUCAAUGAUGCAGGGUCCAUAACCGUCUAUGCCGGGAACUGUCACGAGACAUCCGACAGCCCAGCACUAUGGCAGUUCCACCCAAAUCUCAACAGCUCGAUCGGCAAUGGCACAUGGGAUAAGUUGACGGUGCAAACAAACGACGCUCAAACCGCUCCAAACUAUCUCGCCGCGGGGUUCUCAUACUCGUCAUCCGGCCAGCAAAAUGAAACCGCUAUGUACGCCUUUGGAGGAAUGUGUCCAUUCGCAAACAGUACAGACCAGACCUGGGUAUUGGCAGCAAACUACUCUCAGUCGAUGGUGGCUUUAGGCCCGAGUCCCUUCUACAGCAACAAGUACACCGCGGAGACCACGGGAAAGCGCGCACCACCUGUCGCAGAAGCGGGCAUGGCUGUUGUACCGCUUCAAGCUACCUAUUCUGCUGACGCAAGCGAGAAACAGCAGGACUUCCUUUUUGUUGGUGGCCAUACCCGACAUGCGUUUCUCAACAUGUCGACGCUUGCUAUUUUCUCGCUGCCGCAGAAGAGUUGGAGCUUUGUUUCAACCUCGGACAACUCACCUAAGACUGAACUGGCGGUUCGAGACACGGUCUCUGUGGAGCCUCGAUCUGGCCAUACGGCGACUCUCUCUGAAGAUGGAAAGAAAGUCUUUGUGGUUGGUGGUUGGGUGGGCGAUACGACUGUCCCUGCUGAUCCGCAAUUUGCAGUUCUGGAAAUCAAGGAAGGGUUCGGCGGUGUUACGGAGUGGAUUUGGACAACACCGUCUUCUGAAGGAUCAGGUAUCACCGAGGGUGCUGGCAUCUUUGGACAUGGAGCCGCUAUGCUCCCGGGUGAUGUGAUGAUGAUUUCUGGGGGGUAUACCAUUCCGAAACAAUCAGCGAAACGGGCAGUGUCGACCGCAAAUUCACAAUUCUAUCUCUAUAACACGACAUCGAACAGUUGGGUUACGUCUUAUAGCAACCCAGCCACCAAUUCCUCCACAUCGUCGUCAAGUCACAGUGCGAAUCUUUCCAAGGGCCAGAAAGCUGGUCUUGGAGUCGGUCUGGGUAUAGGAUGUCCGGCUGCUCUAGCCUUGGUGCUAUGCGCAUGGAACUACCAUCGGAAGCGACGUGUACGUGGAAAGCGAGACUCGCAGCUUCGCGAGUUGGCUCUUGGGGCAGAACGAGCUCAUUUCUGGGGUCGAGACGACCCUAACCAAGCCAGCAGUAUCCGAAGCUCUGGAAUGAGCCAGAAAAGGGAUUCUUCUGCCUAUCCUUGGUCCGAAAACCGCAAUUCAACUGCACAACCAAAUUGGAACGACCAAGGCGAAAUUAUGGCAGAGAGGACUGGGUUACUUAUGGAUCCUCACAGCCCACUCAAGAACAACCGAGCUCCUCUGCCCGCAAAUACAAGACCGUGGUCCUAUCGUAUGUCUGGACACAGUGAUUUCCGACGUAGCGAUGCUACCAGCGAGAUCCAUCCUAUUGAUGAGCGCGAGGAGGACGAGGCUAUCUUCAGAGAACAUUUGAUGGCUACCAUUCCCCCUGGAACUGGAGCUGCAAAGAGUGCAGAGCCGGAUUCCGAAGACCCAUUCUCAGAUACUCCCUAUGCAACCCCUCGAAGCACCAUCUUUGGGGUUGGCCUGGGUCCAUUCUACAGCCGACGAAAGGAUAUUGGAUUCAUUGACCCUGAGUCUCCCACCAAGAGUGAACGGACGCAAACUAGCCUAUCCGAUGCCUCGGCCUUCUCUUUCGCCUCUUCUCAACCAGUAGGCAGAGUCUCAACUGCACGAGCUAUGGUUGUUGACAGACCUGUAAGCUGGGCAAGCAGCGGCCGUCAGUCACUCGAGAACCUCGUUGCAGCAUCAACCCACAGCGACCCCGACAACACCGCUCCAUCCGAGAAGUCGGUUUCGACAGAAUCAUACUCCACAGCACAGACAACCAUGUCGCAACGCCAAGCAGAAAACGACUCCCUCCUCUUUGACGCUCUCGACCCAAACAACCCCUUCGAAUCAUCAUCCCCCUCAAAACUCCGCCGCGAUUCCAGACCCAGAGCCUCAGAAUGGGUCAUGCAAACCAUGCGCCGAGCCCUAACCAUGACCCGAGGCGGCCCACCAUCCCAGCGAGACUCCCACGAAUCAGCCCCGCUAGCAUCAGGAAUCGACCGCCGCAGCACAGUCAUCGGCUCCGGCCAACUAUCCCCAAUCCCGGGCUCCUCAAGUCCAGGCACUCCUCGCCGAGCAGUCAGCGCCUCGGCCGAACUCUUCCGCCGCAAACAAGGCGCCAGAGACUGGAACGCCCACAAACGCGUUUCAGACGAUCUCUUCAACACCUCUCGCUCGACUCGCCAGGAUCCCUUCCUCGGUGCACCGGGGUAUUUGGGCAACGAGGACGCUUUCGUCGAUGAUGAGGCUGAUGUGCAUGAUUGGGACGUCGAGGGUGCUGCUGAGGGUAGGCGCGUGCAGACGACCUACACUGUCCCUCGGGAAAAGUUGCGCGUUGUUAAUGCUACUGCGGGAGAUAUGGACACUAUCUCCGAGCGCUCGAUUAAUCGGGCGACUGGAAGUCGGAGGGUUAGCACUUAG